UCCCCAAGACCAAGUCUCCGGAGAGUCUCGCUCGGUCGCUCCAGCACAGCAGUACUACUCACUCCGGUCAAGUCGACACAUCCCCCUUGGUCAUCUCCUCAGAGUACUCUUUCUAGUUUCCAUUUUUCUUUCUCUGAUUAUAUCCCAACUUAUAUCAUCGUCAGUCACAUUCGAAACAAUUAUUUUAGAAAAAUUUCGCGUUUGUGACAAACAGGCGAUUUUCUAGUUUUUAUACUGACCAUCUUGUUGGUGCGAUUCUCUCCACGUUUUAUUAACGAUUCGACGUUGUCGUGUGUGUUUUGCGAGUUUAUUCAUUUUCUCCAACGAGUUCGAAAGUGGUGUGAGCCAUUUUUCACAAUUGUUAUAUGCCUCUUCUUCCCGCCAACGUUCACGAGAUUCAUCACAGCAUGCAGCAAAUUGAUCGCAAAGUUGACUUUACGGCCAACAUGGGCUUGCCGUUACACACUCACGCUAGAGGAUGGAUGCCUGCAGCUAUGGUCGACCAAACUGCAUUGGGUGUAGGUCGUGCACAUUUCGAGAAGCAGCCGCCUAGCAACUUACGCAAAUCGAAUUUCUUUCACUUUGUCAUCGCCCUUUACGACCGUACGGGACAACCAGUUGAAAUUGAACGAUCGGCUUUUAUCGGAUUCAUCGAAAAAGAUCAGGAACCCGACGGCCAGAAGACCAAUAAUGGCAUUCAUUACCGAUUGCAGCUACUCUACGCCGGUGGUUACCGACAAGAACAGGAUAUUUACGUUCGGUUGAUCGACUCUGUUUCUAAACAGGCCAUCGUCUACGAGGGCCAGGAUAAAAACCCCGAAAUGUGCAGGGUUCUCUUAACGCACGAAGUCAUGUGCAGCCGCUGCUGUGACAAGAAAAGCUGCGGCAAUCGCAACGAGACGCCGUCGGAUCCGGUCAUCAUCGAUAGAUUUUUCCUCAAGUUCUUCCUGAAAUGCAAUCAGAACUGUUUGAAGAAUGCCGGAAACCCGAGGGACAUGCGCCGCUUUCAGGUUGUCGUCGCUUCGCAGGUCAGCGUGGAUGGUCCUUUGUUGGCCGUUUCGGACAAUAUGUUUGUUCACAAUAAUUCAAAACACGGGCGUCGGGCUAAGCGUCUGGAGCCGACCGAUGAUUGUGGAACAGGUGUGUAUCCAGCGCUUCCGGCUACCCCCAGCAUCAAGGUUAUUAGUCCGGCAGAGGGAUGGACAGCAGGAGGUUCUACUGUCGUUAUCGUUGGUGACAACUUUUUUGAUGGUCUGCAAGUUGUAUUUGGCACGAUGCUUGUUUGGAGUGAGUUGAUAUCGUCGCACGCCAUUCGCGUCCAGACUCCACCCAGACACAUUCCGGGUGUUGUUGAGGUGACAUUGUCAUUCAAGUCCAAACAAUUUUGCAAAGGUUCACCAGGCAGAUUCGUCUAUGUUUCGCUCAGCGAACCAACGAUCGACUACGGCUUCCAUCGUCUCAGCAAGCUUGUUCCUAGGCAUCCAGGAGAUCCUGAGAAGUUGGGCAAGGAAAUCAUUUUGAAACGGGCAGCUGAUUUGGCCGAGGCGGUUUACGCCAACGCCAUGCCACGCAAUAACAGUUUAAAUCAGCUGAGUCUGCAGCAGAAUGGAUCCGUUUCUAGUGUUUCCAUGGCGCCCUUCAACUCGUACACGUCUCAGUUGGGCGUGUCUGUUCCAGGUGAUUCGACAAAUUCCCAAGGAUGGCCAGAAGGAAGUGGUGGAUUUUACUUUUGACGUGAUUAAUUUCAAAUUUACGCACCCCAUCACAGCAGCCACAUCAAAAAUCUGAACGCGAGAAAAUAUUGACGGGUUUGAAAAACAAAUUAUUUUGUGCCAAAGAAGCCAUGCGGAUGGUAUCGAUUGACAUUGAGAGAAACUAUGUAGACAUUUCCUGCAGGAUCGUAACCUUAUUGAUUUAAUUACUUCAUGGCGAGAGAUAAGAGCUUCAAAGAGAAACAUUUAACUGAAUAGAAAUCCGAGUGCUGGAGUUUUUAAAUAACAAUUUUUACUUGUCAUGUGAGCGUGAUCUUGUAAUACCUUGACGAUCUCUGUUAUAAGCAAAUGUCGCCGACUUUGUUUUUGUUUUUUUCCCCUUCUACUCUGUACUCCUAAUUGAGCUAACAGUUGUCACUCUCCCUCUUUAUAAUUUUCUUUUUAGUGCUCCCCCC